GCGGCUGCGGAAUGCGGAACUGCGUCUACAACCCGCGGCCCUGCCAGAAAGUGCUUUGGCGCGAGUCCGUCAGUGCAUCCGUCAAGGCGGCUAUGAUCUUCAGACCGCACUGGCGGAUUAACAUGUGGUAUCCGGAGCGCUUUUUUUUUAAGCGCCGCCACACAUUGGAUGGCGGCUAUGCGGAAAUUCUCCAACGGGAUUUCGCCGAUGUGCUCAUGACCCCCGACCAAGGUAUUCUUUUAUUGGGCCCUUGCUCGCUGGGCGCCAUGAGCGAGGGAGAGCUCUUUCUUGCUGGCGACCCCGCCUGCACGGCGGCCGCUGCUAGCCUAAAGCUGGAGUUUCCCGGCCUGCCCUGGUCAAUCUUAGCCACACACGCCCUGGCCAUUCGGCUUGGAGGGUGCUUCGCUGGCGCCGACGCUGCGCCCUCCAAGCUUGCCGGGUGA